CCGCGUACAGACCUCAUACAUACUUUACAUAUACGAACGUACACUGUAUAAAUACACCGUAAAUAAUACACCGUAUUUAUUGUUAAUAAGCGUACAAUUGUACGCUGGUUAUUUGUGAAAUUAUUAAGUGAUUGAAGUGUUAUAAACGCACGUCUAGUGGUUUAACCGGUUGGAAAGUGGGUGAAGUGUCCCCCACCGUACAGCGGGCCAAUACGGGGGGUAAUUGCUGGGACACACUGUAGUCACUAGAUCUCCAAUGCCGGAUGUGAUGAUGGCACAGUAUGCCAACCCGAACCAGUUCGGGGCUCCCAUGGAAGGCGAUCAGGAUGGGUACAUGCAGCAAGACGAAGAAUGGGAGAGGGAGGGACUCCUUGACCCAGCCUGGGAGAAACAGCAGAGAAAGACCUUUACUGCUUGGGUGAACUCCCACCUGAGGAAGGCUGGCACACAGAUUGAGAAUAUCGAGGAGGAUUUCAGAAAUGGUUUGAAGUUAAUGUUGCUGCUUGAAGUUAUAUCAGGAGAAACUCUACCAAAACCUGACAGGGGAAAGAUGAGGUUCCACAAGAUUGCCAAUGUAAACAAAGCUUUAGAUUUCAUCGCCAGCAAGGGGGUCAAACUUGUCUCCAUCGGGGCAGAAGAAAUUGUUGAUGGAAACGUUAAGAUGACCCUUGGUAUGAUCUGGACAAUUAUCCUCAGGUUUGCAAUCCAGGAUAUCUCUGUAGAGGAGAUGACCGCCAAGGAAGGAUUGUUGCUCUGGUGCCAGCGCAAGACUGCUCCCUACAAGGAUGUGAGCGUGCACAACUUCCACUUGUCCUGGAGGGACGGUCUCGCCUUCUGCGCUCUCAUUCAUAGACAUCGUCCCGAUCUACUCGACUACUCCAAACUCUCUAAGGAUAAUCCUCUCGAGAACUUAAACCUCGCCUUCGAUAUCGCCGAGAAGUAUCUUGAUAUACCUAAGAUGUUGGAUCCCGAAGACUUGUUGAAUAACGAGAAGCCGGACGAACGUCAAAUCAUGACAUACGUCUCUUGCUAUUAUCAUGCCUUCCAAGGGGCAAUGCAGUUGGAAGCUGUGUGUUGUACUAACCUAACCCUAGAUUUGUCGAGCUCUGCAAUGCCUGAUGAUAGAGCUGUUAUUACCUGCGUUUCAUCAUACUAUCAUACCUUCUCAGGGGCACAAAAGGCUGAGAUGGCCGCAAACAGGAUCUGUAAGGUCCUCAAGGUCAACCAGGACAACGAGAGGUUGAUGGAGGAGUACGAGAGGCUGGCCUCCGAUCUCCUGGAGUGGAUUAGGCGAACCCUGCCCUGGCUGGAGUCUAGACAAUCCGGGAACUCAUUGACAGCUGUACAGAAGAAACUGGAAGAGUACAGGGAGUACAGACGUAAGCACAAGCCCCCACGUGUUGAGCAGAAGGCAAAGCUUGAAACCAACUUUAACACUCUUCAGACCAAGCUUAGGCUUUCAAACAGACCAGCAUAUAUGCCCACUGAGGGUAAGCUUAUCACUGACAUCCAGCGCGCUUGGAACGGACUUCUGGGGUCAGAGAAGACAUUCGAGGAGUGGCUUCUUGCUGAACUUAUGCGCUUGGAGAGACUUGAACAUCUGGCGAAGAAGUUCAAGCACAAGGCUGAUAUCCACGAGGCCUGGACUAGUGGCAAGGAGGAGAUGCUCAGCUCCCAGGAUUACAAGAACUGCAAAAUCUUUGAGCUCAAGGCCAUGAAGAAGAAGCACGAAGCUUUCGAGUCUGAUCUUGCCGCACAUCAGGAUCGUGUAGAGCAGAUUGCUGCAAUCGCUCAGGAGUUAAAUGCUCUUGACUACUGGGACAGCGCCGCCGUUAACACUAGGUGCCAGAAGAUCUGUGAUCAGUGGGACAGGUUGGGCACACUCACCCAGCAGCGUAGGCACGGUAUGGACGAGGCAGAGAAGGUUCUCGAGAGAGUUGACAGCCUUCAUCUUGAGUUUGCCAAGCGUGCUGCGCCCUUUAACAACUGGUUGGACGGAACUAGGGAGGACCUGGUCGAUAUGUUCAUCGUCCACACCUUGGACGAGAUCCAGGGACUGAUUGAUGCGCAUGCGCAGUUCAAGGCAACCCUCGGGGAGGCAGAUAAGGAGUUUACCGCUAUUAUAACUCUUAUUCAUGAUUGUGAGAACUUUGCUCGUCAAUAUAAUGUUCCUGGAGCAACCAUUAAUCCUUACACUAAUCUGACAGGAAAGGAUGUACAGUCUAAAUGGAAUGAAGUGAAGACCCUUGUUCCCCAGCGAGAUCAAACACUUCAGGAAACAACAAUCAAUCAAUCAAUAUAUCGAUUAAGCAAGUUGGUCCUUGGAUUGAGAGGCAGAUGGAUGCUGUGGCAGCUAUUGGUUGGUCCUUGGAUUGAGAGGCAGAUGGAUGCUGUGGCAGCUAUUGGUAUGGGUAUGCAGGGAUCCCUUGAAGAGCAGCUUAGCAGGUUGAGAGAAUAUGAAGAGGCAGUUUAUCAGUUUAAACCUCAUCUUGAGGAGUUGGAGAGGAUAAAUCAACAAAUCCAGGAGAGUUUUGUGUUUGAGAAUAGAUAUACACAGUACACUAUGGAAACUCUGAGAGUUGGAUGGGAACAAUUGGUAACCUCUGUUAACAGAACUAUCAACGAGGUAGAGAACCAGAUCCUGACCAGGGACAGCAAGGGAAUCACCCAGGAGCAACUUAACGAGUUCAGGGCUUCAUUCAACCACUUCGACAAGAGCAGGACCGGACGGCUGAACCCAGAAGAGUUCAAGAACUGUUUAAUCUCCCUGGGUUACAGCGUUGGAACAGACAAGCAGGGAGAGAUUGAUUUCCAGAGAAUCCUCUCUAUAGUUGAUCCUAACGCGUCAGGAUAUGUUCAGUUUGAUUGCUUCCUUGACUUUAUGACUAGAGAGAGUACUGAUGUUGAUACUGCCGAGCAAGUUAUUGAUUCAUUUAGAAUCUUGGCCGCAGAUAAGCCGUACAUUCUACCGGAAGAGCUUAGACGUGAGCUUCCCCCUGAUCAAGCUGAAUACUGUAUACAGAGAAUGCAACCAUAUUCUGGAAUGGAUGCUGUGCAAGGUGCUCUGGAUUAUAUGUCAUUCUCUACAGCACUUUACGGGGAAUCUGAUCUUUAAAAUAUCAGAUUGCCUUAUUGUCUGGUUUAACAUCUGUUUUGGUUUAAAGCGCAUCCUUCCUAACAUAACACAAGUCAUUCAGAAGCGGCUUAAACCAAACCAAACAUUAAGUUUCAAUUGUUUGGCACCAUUUUUAAAAAUGGCGCCAAACUCCAUUUUCCCCCCACCGCCUCCAGUCAUCAAAUCAGAAACAUGAAUUCCGUUGUUGGUGCUGUACCCAGUGUUCCCUAGUAAUCCUUGAAUGAAACCAAAGUUGUGCCAGGAUAUGUAUACGUGGUUAUCUGGAUAUAUAUCAACCUAAAAAAUCUUGAAUAUCGAUAUAUCUUUGAAUCUUGUUGCUGUUUAAAUAAUUUGUUAUCACAGGAUAUAUUUAUAAUUUUACCGAUGUCGUCGUCGAAUAGUUUAAGACAGUUGUGAGAUAAAUAUGUAGAAAUUCAUUUUAUAAAAAAGAUCUAAAUUAAA